CAUUUGACUGCACAGCAACCGGAGCAAGACACUGAUAACCGCAUAAGUUUAGUGAGAGUGAAUUGACUGUCGAACAUUGCCGCAGUUGUAACGACCAAUACCCUCCGAUCAAGAUUUCGUUUUCGGAAGUUUGGCAGAACUCAUACAAAAAAUUAAGGAAACAUCAAAAAUCAUUUAUCAAAUUGAAACUACUAUUUAAGUUAGACUGACAAAAAGUUCCUCGAAAAAAUAUUCUACCUUAUCUAGUAUGGAUAAAUUGUGAAUGUUAAUGUAGUGAAAUGAAUCCAAAUGUUAAAAAUCCUAUCCCAAGCACGGAGAAACUAGGAAAAAAUUAAAAACCGUUUUCUAAUAACACCAGCAUACAAUAGUGCACCAAAUCGUACAUUUACGCAUUUGCAUUCAUUCAAGAAUAAGUGGUUGAAGUACACUGAACUUGCUGUCAUCUGAAGCCACAGCUGCGCCAUACGGCGGCGUCUUUGUAAUGGAGUCGCGCCUGGCAUCGAAAAGACACACCUCAUACCCACAACCCUUUCGUCAUCGUGUGGUGCUUAUUGGAUGGGCUUUAAUAUGGACAAUGUCCCUGAACUCUGUAUUCUGUGGAGAAAAAUUGGCUUUAUUAUCGGCUACUUUGCGCACAUAUCAGAAAGCGGCAUGUGACUCGGAUCAAGUGGUUAUAGCCUGUCCCCGUGGUACUAGUAUUUCAAUUGAGUUUGCCCAGUACAACAAGUUUGUUGCGAAAGACGGCUACAGUAUCGAAGAAUUAUGUCCUGGGUCUGGUGAAAGAGGAUCAAAAAUCCGAGGUAGAACAAAGCACCUACUUCGCGGAUCGAUCUUUGGCUCACCCUCACUAAACAUACCGUCUAACGAAUAUAUGAAUGAAGGGCACUCUCUUGCAGUCCCAGUACAACCCGUUCCUGAAUCCAACAGCAGCAGUGCCACUAGCUCCGAACCAACUUCUAGCAUGACCCCCUCUGUUGACGAUAUGAAAAUUACUAAUUACAAUACUGACGACGCUUCUGAGAACUGCAUGUGGCCAAAUGCAUUACAGUACUCCUUACUGCAAACUGUCGUCGAGGCGUGCCAAAAGAAGAAGCACUGCAAGUUCCACGGAUCCCUGCAAUUAUACGGCCAGGGCUCCAGCGGUGUGGGGGACUCGUCUGGAACCAGCAGCUAUCACAGCAGCACAGCCAGCUCCAAUGCAAUAAGCAGCGAUCCUUGUCCCAAGCGCAAAAAAAUUGUCGAAGUAGCUUACAAAUGUCGGCCAUAUGAGUUCAGGAGUAAGGUGGCUUGCCACAACGAUGUAGCACAAUUAGAGUGCAAUCCAUACUCCCGUAUAGCCGUAUAUAGUGCUAGCUUUGGAAGAACCGAGUACGAGAGCAUUCAGUGUCCCCAGCCGCAAGGAGUUCGCGAAGAAACUUGUCUCGCUUCAUAUGCGACGGAGACUGUAAUGCAAAUUUGCCAUGGUAGACGCAGAUGCAACCUGGCAGCCGACGCAAAUACUUUUGGAAGCCCUUGCCAACCAAAUUCUCGAAUGUACUUGAAAGUUGUUUAUACGUGCGUGCCAAAGCAAGUUCUUAAAGAAAACAAGGCGUCGGAAGUGGAGGCUGACGAAUCUGAGGAUUUUGAAGGUGAUCUGAAUGACCCCUACGACGAUGAGCUGAUUUAUAAGGAGUCUGAGGCAAUACCAAAGCUGCACAGCAAUACAACAACGACAGUACGCCAAAACGGUACCAGAUCGCUAGGGUUUAGAUUCAGCGUUAAUUCUGCGAACAACCAGAACAUGACAAACAUUUCUAUGGUUGUUGAAGGCGAUGGGAGUGGCGUGAAUCAUGUCAUGACACAGAGUGCCGACUUAAGUCUAGAGGAGGACCAAGAACUUCUUUAUUUUUAUCUUCUUGUCCUGGGGUCAUUUGGAGUGCUAAUUUCCAUAGUAAUUUUCGGGACUAGGAUAGUGCUUCAAAAACGCCGUUUAAUCACGGAAACGCACUCCAGCUCCUUAGCAAAAGGGAGUAGAGGAGCAGUUGAAGAAACAACCACUCCAAGCGGCUUUAAUGACACAAUUUCCGAAAUAGACGCUGAAAUCGAUUUAAAAACUACACUGCCUUUACCCAGCUUGUCCAAAAAAGAGAAUUACUUGACUUACGCACCAACCAGCAGUCUGUACUCCGAACUCUCCUCCAACCAGCUGGUUUCAGAGUGUAGCCCAGGGUAUGUCGCUGGGCAAAUGGAAAAACCGGCAAUGGUUUCGACUCGUCAAUCCCCCGACCUUAUUGGCAUAACACCGGGACCUUUUGUGACUACAAGUAUGGCGAGCUUAGGCGGCCACGGUCCGAUGGCGGGAAUCCUAACGUCGGCUAUUGUGAUUGGAGCUUCUGCACCCAGUACCAGUGCCUCAGGCACUAUGAUACCUAUCACCCAGUACAAAACUGGUCCAGCAUUCAGAGGCGGGUACAUCAUAAAUGCCGACAGCAUGGGUGUAAUUCAGCGUUCGAAUAACACGCCCAGCUCGUUAAACUUGCUGUCCGGGAGCACGCCAGAGUAUCCCCCACAAGUGGGACCGACAACCUCGUCGGGGGCCAUGACUGUAACUCCACAGGACCAUGGGGCUAUAUGUGUUGCAAGCACAUCAACACUGCGGCGUGUUAAGCCACCUACUUUGCAGCCACAGCUUUCAUAUGAUGGCACCGCACCGCGGACACUCUCCACCGGAGUAGCUGUUGGCUCGCAGUUCUAUUACGGAUGACACAGCACACUAGACUGUGACCCGUUUGUGUACACCACAGCUUUAGGUGUGGCGGCCUCGAUUUCCAGUACUCAAAAGACAGGAGAGGGGUUAGAUCGAGCAAGCUUUAAAAAUGGCAUCGACACGUCUUAGCCAUUGGCGUCGGCAUUCCCAAGUUGCUCUAGACUGCACAGUUUCGGGCUAAGCAACAAGGCCAUUUCUAUCAAAAACGCAACAGGUGUUUUACGAUCCCAGCCAAAUCCAGACUCUUAGUCAAAUGAAUCUUAUCAAGCACACUUUUGUGUUCAACACGGAAGAAAUAUUGGCAGCUGCGUGUAUCUAAUAAAUAAAUUAUAUGGUACUAAAUACGGAAAAAAUCUUUGUUGAAUUAAUAUGUUUCCUUCCGAUAGCCGAGCGGGGCCGGCAAACUCAUACAAUGACAAGUUUGUAUUUCACUAGUGUGAGUGAAAAAAACCCGAUUCCACAUUUUAAUCAAAAAAUAUGAGAAUACAUUAACAAAAUUAAAAAACGCCUAGUCAGCGGAGAGUAAUUGUGUGAUGAAAGUUAAUUAAUGUCCAAAACGAAAAGAAAAGCUUAUCCGAAAUAAAUUGUUAGGAUGCACCGGGUUUUGGAUGCUAUGGUGCUGCAAUGUCCUAAUUAAAAACCCGACCCACUUUAAUGAAAUUUGCGCAAAAGCAUAAAUAAUUUCCGUUGUUGCGGCAGAAACUGUGCAGUGGAAUAAUUUACGACAUAAAGGUGGUAAGUGCAGUCGUAGGCCCUGCGCAAUUCGGAAACCUGAAUUUAGAAUUAUAUUAUGAGGGUAGUAACCUAUGUAUAAUAUGUUAGGAACUUACACGAAUACCAAAGUGAACUCCUGUAUAGUUUUUAUUCAAACUCCAGUUUAAUAUCGUUAAAAUAUUUGUAAAUAUGUUUUAUUUAGUCCUGCUGUUUAUUUUGAGGCUAUACUUUUAAUAUCAAGUGCCUUCCUUAUUAGCAUUUAAGUGUAAAGUAGCCGUACAAUACACCAAAACUAUUGGGAAUUAACAUUGCCUACCAAAUUGUAAAUAAAUAGUGCAGCAGUUAAUAUUGUUCAAAUAAAAGCAAACCCGAAAUUACAGGAACAGUUAUAUUUUAAAGAAUAAUCCUGGAAUUAUCACAAAAUUCCGGAUGUCCAAAGUUCUCAAAAGAACGCAAAUUAUUACCUGUAUUUAGGUACAAUUAGGAUUCUAGCCAAGAAAUAUAUUAACAUAACAAGUAUUCGUGUAUGAAAUAGGUGAAACAAAUAAAAAAUAAUGAACUCAUAAACAAUGCAUAAAGCUAUAUUAAUUCAUUUAAUUAAAUUUCCCUAGAGCUACGAAAACCACUCAAUAAUGCAAUCUAUAAAAAAUGUAUUAGAUUUAAA